GGGUUGCCAGAAAGCGGCUAAUUCAAUUCAAGCGGCGGUAAAACAAAAACAAAUGCUUUAACUAUUAUCAAAAAAGUUAAUUUAGUUUAUCUUGAUGUUUAUCUAUGUAAACACUGUUUUGUGAGACGCCGGUGGGGGGUGGCGUGUAUUUGAGUUGCUGAUAUUUAUGUCAACAACAGCAAAAAGUUAGCAAAAUUGUCUGUCUGCAUUCUAUGUAUGACUGGUGUGGAGACGAUUGGUUAUGGCGGAUGGAGAGUUGUGCUUGAUAGACAAGAACAUAUCAAGUUUGUUGGAGGUCCCGUUGAGCAGCAGUGUUACGUCACUGAAUCUUCACUGUAACAGAAUAUCGAGGCUAGAGGGCUUGACGUCGGCUUGGCGUCUCCGACACUUGGACUUGUCAUCCAAUCACAUUACUCGUAUUGAGGGACUUGGCUCCCUUACCUCAUUGAGAACCCUAAACUUGUCCUGCAACCUCAUCACAAAAGUUGAAGGACUUAAUGGACUAGUGAACUUGACUAGAUUAAAUGUAUCCUACAAUCACAUAAGUGACCUCACAGGCUUACUGUACCUUCAUGGGGCCGAAUACAAGCUGAAACACCUCAGUCUCCACAGCAACCGCCUGGGCAGCAUCAACCAGGUGCUGCAGUGCAUGCUGGGACUGCUGAGCUUGAGGGAGAUCUCGUUGUGUGUGGAUGGCAAAGAUAACCCUCUUUGCAGUUCACCAUGUUACAGGGAGAUGGUGUUCCAGGCCCUGCCUCAGAUCUCUAGCCUGGACAGGGUGGACCGGCUUGGAAACCACACUUCUUUAGGAGAGGACUGUCCUAUCGAUAUCCCUGGUCUGGAUGACUACGUGGACUUCUUACUAUCCUCAGACACCAGUGCUAAUGACCUGGCUAGGGGAGACAGAGCUCUCACCACCCCACGUAUUAAUGAAGUGAUGAGCCAGUACCGCCAGCGGGCAGGCCCUGUGGAGCCCACACCACCAACCAGACAAACCGACCCACUACAGGUCAGCCCAGCAGCAGACCCCUACAAUGAACAGCGCAUUCAGAAACUAGAACAGCAGGUGUCCCAGCUCUUCCACCAGAAACCUCUGUCUCAGAAACCUACUGGCGAUGCCAACAGCAACUCCGCCCCCUCAGUGGAACUAAGGAAGCCCAAGAGGGACAUUGACAACACGUCAGAAAGUGACUGUGACAGCGGGAAGGAGAGCCGUCGAGGCCCCAGGAUGGCGGCAGCCCAGCAGAGGAGAGGCAGAGCCACAGUGAAGAGGCCCGUUAAGGAGGCCGGGGCCAGGAGAACACACAGCGACCCAGAGAGACGGAAAGGCAGAGGUUCAAAGUGUGCAGCAGGCACCUGGAGGAAGGCGGGAGGCCCAUGUGCUGCCCCGGGCCCUGCAGACAUGGUGGGGCCAGCCAGGAAGGGCCUCAACCCUCCCAGAGCCCCGGGGGACAGGAGCAGCAGGUCCACUGGGGAGGAGGAGACCUACAGGGCCAUCGUGGAGGAGCGUGACCAGGAGAGGGAGAGGCGCUGGAAGGCAGAGCAGGCUGUCAGGAAGCUGACAGAGCAGAUGAAGAGCCUGCAGACACAGGCCAGCGAGGAGAAAGACCUGCAGAGCCUGGCCUUGCACACCACAGACAGGCUGAAGGAGCUGCUCCUCAGGGAGCGUUCGGAGCGCUCAGGGCUGCAGGCUCGGGUGGAGGAGCUGGAGGAGAGGAGCCAGGGUCUGGCCCUGCAGCUGGAGCAGGCGCGCCAGCAGGAGGACCACCAGCAGAGGGCGCUACGCAGCCUGGAGGACAGCGUGGCCCACAAGGAAGCACUGAGGGCCCGCCAACAGGCUGAGGAGAUGAAGAGACAGCAGGAGUUGGAGAACAAGGCUGCCGCCAUGAAGAGAGAGGUGGAGAUCCACAAGGCCAUGGCCAAGCAGCACAAAGACAAGCAGCAGCAGCUGCAUGAACUGCUGGCCUCCAGGGAACAGGUGUACAGAAAGGAUUUGGAGUCCAGGCUGGUGCCGGGUGGGACGGAGUUCCGCGAGGCAGUGGCGAAGGAGGCGGAGUCUGCCGAGCGGAGACACGCCCAGCGGGUGUCGGAGCUGGAGGAGAGACUGGCAGAGGGAAAGCAGCAGUAUGCCGCCCUGGAGGACGAGUUCCGCAUGGCCCUCACCAUCGAGGCCACACGCUUCACUGAGGGCGCCCCGGUGGCUUACCAGUUGAGAGAGCGUAUCAUGCAGACUAGGGUUCGAUUCCAGCCUGGGCCAUUUCCUGUGAAGGAGGGAUAUGAUCACCUGAGUGUGGAGGUGUCGGAGGUGAGGGCGGCCCUGGCCCGCUCCCAGCAGAGAGAGAAACAGUCUGGCUCUCUGGUGCAGGAUCUCACUGCUAUGGUCAAGGAGCAGAAGAAUCGCAUUGCUGAGCUCAUCAAAUCCAAGAAGGAUGCAAUUACCGAGCUCAAGGCUCGCCUGCGCCCCCUGGAGGCAGGGGUGGAGCAGGACCGCCGUCUCAACCUGCAGCUGGAGCUUAUGAAGAAGGACAAGUCCCGCCUCCUGGCUCAGCUCAGUGCCCAGGAGUCGGUCAUAGACGGCCUGAGGGCCGAGAGGAAGAUCUGGGGCCAGGAGCUGGCACAGCAAGGCGCAUCAUUGGCUCAGGACAGGGGUCGUCUGGAGGCUAAGAUCGAGGUGCUGUCCACUGAGUUGGAGUCGCAGAAGAAACAGAACGAACGAGACAACGACGCCCUCAGGAUCAAAGCCAAGGUCAUCGACGACCAGACGGAGACCAUCCGCAAACUCAAAGAGGCUGUGCAGGAGCGGGAUGAGCAGGUGCGUCGGCUGCGUGAGGAGAGCGUCCAGGCCCAGAGGAGGUUCCAGCAGCAGCUGGAGGAGGAGACGGGCCCCCUGGUGGAGCUCCGCGACAGGCUGGAGCAACUCAGCCUCCGCAAGGAGGAGCUCAAACAGCAGCUGGAGGAUAAGGAGCUGGAGCUAGACGAGGUCAAGAGGGCCUACAGUGCUUCCAAUAAGAAGUGGCAGGAGAAGGCAGACCUGCUGACUCGGCUAGAGAGCCAGGUGAAGCGCAUGAAAGACAAAUUUGACUCUAAAGAAACCCUGCUGCUUGAGGAGAGAGACAAGGCUUCGGAAGCACACAAAGCUGUAGUUGAGAAGCUCCAUAGCAUGGAUGAUGCGUUUCGAAGGCAGUUGGAGUGUGUGCAGGUGUCCCAUCAGACAGAGCUCUUGAGACUGGCCAAUGAGAAGCAGAAACAGAUUGAACAGGCCAAUCAGAGUGUGUUUCAGGUGGAGGAGGAAAUGCGACAGCUUCUUGAGGAGACAGAGAGCAGCAAGAAAACCAUGGAGGACAAAAUGAGACGAUUGACCAGUGUGCUGAAAGACUUCUAACCUCAGUUUACAUGAUUAAUUACACACCUGAGGUCGAGAAAGUUGGAUUAAACUCAUUUAAAGGAAUCAAUCUUUACCAAUAUUUGUGAAGUGAUAGGUGAAUAUGAAGUUAUAAAUUCACCCCUUGUGCCAAGUUUACGUUUUGUAAAUAUUUUAUUAAGUUAUUAACAAUUGUUUUUAUAUCAU